UAUAUCUGCUUGUCUUAUAUUUCUGGUAUUUGCUAUAAAUUGAUGUGAUAGGUGUUUCAAGUGAUAAUUUCUGUGUGUGUGUGUGCAUGUGUAUUUUCUCAAAUUCUUAAUAUGUUUUUCUCUAAUUAUUCUGUUUAGAUUACUGAGUGCAGGCCUACAUAGCUGCUUCCAUUUUGAGAUGAGGCUAGUCGUGGCAGGAUGAUGUCGGUAGAAAACAUUAAAAGAUGGGCAUUAUGUAAACAAAUCCGUACUUUGGUUUCCUUGAACAACCUUCUUGUGGUGCUUCACUGAAUGGUGAUCUCUGAUCUGAGAACCAGGUCUGUUGCCAGAUCUCAAGUAGUGCUGUGGAGGAAACCUCGACCUGUCUCUCAGCUGGUUGCACAACAAGUUACCCAACAGUUUGUGCCCCCUACACAAUCAAAGAAAGAGAAAAAAGACAAAGUAGAAAAGGAAAAAUCUGAAAAGGAAACAGCUAGCAAAAAGAACUGUCAUAAGAAAACCAGGCCAAGAUUGAAAAACGUGGAUCGAAGUAGUGCCCAGCAUUUGGAAGUUACCGUUGGAGAUCUGACAGUCAUUAUAACAGACUUUAAGGAGAAAACUAAGUCACCACCUGCUUCCAGUGCUGCUUCUGCGGAUCAGCAUAGUCAGAGUGGUUCUAGCUCUGACAAUACAGAGAGGGGAAUGUCCAGGUCGUCUUCACCCAGAGGAGAAGCCUCAUCAUUGAAUGGAGAAUCUCAUUAAAAUUUAUUUUCUCCAGUUUCUUUAGUCUCUUCUCUUCAAAACAUGCAAAUAUACAACUUCUGCCAACAAUUACCACAUUUUCAUGACAGAUUACCCAGGCACAAUUAAUAUGUUUAUUGGAAUAAUUUAUGCAGUUUUACAAAAAAUGAAGUGAAGCCGGAGAAUAAAAUAAUUUAAAUGAUGUAUAUGCUGCAUUUAUAUGCUGCAUUUCAGACUAACUUUUUGAUUUUCACAUUUAAAGGUGCCAUGAAAAUGUGGUUUGAAUGUUCAUUAUACAGUGUUAUUGGUAAGUUCAUUUUCACUUUUAGUUUAGUGAAUUCUAACACAAUUUUUGGAUUCUCUACUAUUGGCAUGUACUGAAUUUAAAUUUUUAUAACAUCGUUCAAGCUGCCUAAAUAUGUAUUUGAGAAUUGUGAACCAUAGUUAUAUGUAUGCAAGUCAAAGAUCAACUUAAUCAGCUAUUGCUGCAACAGAAUUUUCAUAAUGAUUAUCUUCUUAAAACACCUGCUGGUACUUGGUGUGGUUAAAUAGGAAAAUGGUUAUUAAAUAAAACAUUUGUAUGAAUUUUUGCCAAUGUUUGACACAUUUUACUAGAUUACUGUUACUGAAUUAUGUUGCUGGUUUUACCAAUCCUCACACUUAAGACACUUACUGUAAUGUUUACAAGUAAAAUAGUAAACAUAUUUGAAGCAUUGAUUGUUUAGCUUUAUAAUUCAGAUACAGUACUACAUUGUCAUUUUACACUGGUAUUCUUUGUUUUAUAAUUAACAUAUUGAAUCUCUACAUAAGCAUUUGGCAAAAAGACUGAAGGUAAUUUUAAAAUCUGAAAUUUUGAAAAAGCUUUAAAAAUAACUUAAAAGUGCAGUUCUCAUAUCUGCUCAGUAGUCAUCCCUUGACAGACUUGCACAGUGUCAUAGUCAAUUUUCAGUUCAGAACAGAAAUAUUAAAUAGUGCACUUGAGUAAGAAAAUAACAAAUAAUGCUAUUGCUUUAUGUUCAAUUUACUAGAUCUUGAUUUGGCCCUAUAUUUAAUAUUGCAUCAAUCAUAAGAAAAAAAAUAACCCUAUUUUCUGGCAUAAACUGUCAAAAUUUAUGCAUUUAGCAAUAUACCAAUAUAGAGCAAAAAUAUUUACAAUCCCAUCUGGUAUUAUGUAAAAUUACCAAUAAAAUAUUUUUAUGAAUACAGAUUUUGCAUUUUUGUUUACAACCAAUAAAUGUUUUUGAUGCACAAAGGUCCAUGUAUAGAUUUAAAAGAUAAGUUCAGAUUCAAUACAAAAAUCCAUUUGGCUUCUGUAGUAAGGAAGCCCACUUUAUUGAUUCUCUCCUAUCUUUCUCUUGUUCAAAAUAUAUUUUUGGGCCAGUAUGAAAGUCGGAUAGAAUUUUUGGUAGUAAAUCCAGCCCUAAAAUAUUACCUACAUUUAAAACAUCUCAUAACAGCAAAAGUAAUGGAUUUUUGUAGCCCCUGACAAUUGUGAUGUUUGGUGGUUUCUUGUAGUAAUGUAUUUUUCUGUUUUUAAUGCAGUACUUCUACAGGCACAAUGGUACUGUCUAUUUUGUAAGAUGCUAGUUGUGAAAUACAGUUAGUUGCAUAAAAUGAAAGUCUGAUGUGAUAUCUAAAAACUUACAUACCUCAUUCCUUGGUGUUGCUGUUAAGCUUUUAAAAAUCCAAUGUUAAUUAUAGGUUAUUUCAAAUGAAUAACUACUGACCUAGUUAAAAUGUAUUAUACUUUAUCUUACUAAACAGUACAUUUCUUCAUUCCAGUUUUCUUCUCAGAUUUAAAUAUCUCUUUAAACAUUGAAUUUUGAGUUUCAUAAAUGUUUUUAGGUUGGGGGUGGACUGGGUGUCAAAAUUAUGUAUUUUCCAUUGCAAGAAUUGGCAUACAUAUUUCUCAGUUUUAUUUUCUUACAAUAUAUUUUAGGUGGCACUAUGUGCAGAGUGUCCUGAGUUUAUGAAUUACAGGGAAACCUAAUUUUUGGAGUUAUAAGUAUAAUGGUAGUGAAUCAGUGCAAUGUCCUUGAUACAAUAUGCAUGUGAAAUGCUAACACAUUUCAGUAUUUUUGCAAGCAUAAAAUGGUAAUGAAGCACCAAUAAUUCACUGAAUCAGGCCCUUGUUACCAUUCAACUUAGUAUGGAUAGACAUAGGUCUGGCAGCAACAGGUCUUUCCAUUUGUAUAAAUAAGCAGUUAUUGCUAUAAUCUCAUUAGUAAGGAAAGCAAUCUUCAGCAUCUCUAAGGGCCAGUUUAAUAUGUGGUUGAAAUGGAACAAGUGACUGUAAAAAAACAAAAAAACAAAAAAACCCAAAACCACAACCCCCCCAGCCCCCUCCCACACACACUUUAGAGACCUCAUUUCUAUUAAUUGAAAUUAUUUAAAUCAAAUAUUCUCCAUUUGUGAAAUGGCAUGAUUUUUUGUUAACUGUCAGUACUACGUACUCCAGGUAGAAUCUGAAUAUCAAGCUGUAGUAUGAAGGCAGAAAGAACAAAUAAUAUUUAGCUUGCCAUUACUACUGAUGCAUACAACAAUUAGAAUUGUUUUGCUUUCCUACAGCUUAAAGCGGUGUGAUGAUGCUGUUAGCUGUGUAGGAAAAAAAUGGUAAAAUAAGGCAACCAGACUCAAGUUACUCAACUAUUUAACAAGCCUCACCUUUGUACUUUCUAAAAAAAAUUCUUCUAAACCAAGUCCUUUUUCUAACUGCAAGUACACAAAACUGUUUGUUACAUCUUUAUUCAGUUGUAGAAAGUGAAAACCUACCAUUAUAACUUAUUUUGUUAGUUAUUCUCCUUUUACUACACUCUGCAUAGUGACUGAUCAUCAUCCGUUCGUUACCUUCUAAGUAUAUACACCAUUCUUCAUCAGCCAUGCAUUUUUGGGUGUUUACAUGAGAUGAUCAACAAAGAUGAAUGUGAUGGUGUUCCAUGUAAAUAAGUUCCUUUGUGCAUUGAUUGUCCAGUGUUUAAAAAAAAAAAAGCAGGGGGGGAGGGGGGGAGAGGGAGAAUGAGAUGCAGUUAAUUUGCUGUAAAAGUGUACAAUAAUUCAAUGUUUUGUCAUCCUGUCUUUGCCACUAAUUAUAGCUGGCAUAAGGAAAUGCUGAAAUAUACAAUAGUAGGCUGUGA